CCUCAAUCUGCGUGGAGGAGGCAAGCAGGACACACACGUCUGCUUCUGACACUCUUGGCUCGGCUUCAACACCUGAUUCAAAUCGAUAUUUCUUUCUUAAAUCCAUCGGAGUUAAUUGUUUUGGGGAGGUUUAAACAUGUCUGCUGCGACGAGUGCAGCAGAAAACACGGACAGCGACGCCAACAAAUUGGAGUCGGUGAUACAAAGGCUGGAGGAGAGCGUUUUAUCCGAGGAGAAGCUGACUGUCCGCGGCCCCUCGCCGGAUGCCCCCCCUACAUGUCUACCGGCAAGAGUUCGUGAGAUUGUCACAAAGAACCUCAACGAGAACUCUACAGGGGCCAUGUCCUCAGUCAUGUCCCUUCAGGAGGAGAACCGGGUCCUUCAGGGAGAGCUGGCCAAGCUGGAGGACCUGCUGGCACACAGCAGAGCCGACCGCGACGAGCUGGCCAUCAAGUACAGUGCCAUCAGCGAAAGGCUGGAGCAGACGCUACGUUUCGAUUCAAGUGACGGCGACCGCGAUUCCCCGGAGUCUCGCAGCCUGGCUCAGCAGAAUGUGGACCUGCGCAGGCGGCUAGAUGAAGAGCAGGUGGCCUACAAGAGAAAACUCACCGCAUAUCAGGAAGGUCAGCAGAGGCAAGCGCAGCUCGUGCAGAAGUUACAGGCUAAGGUGCUUCAAUAUAAAAAGAGGUGUGGAGAUCUGGAGCAGAUGCUGCAGCAGAAGUCGGCAGAGUUUGAAAAACCUAGGCUAAGUGAUACCAGUGAAACAUCAAAUGGUCGCUCUCCAGACGAAUCAAGCAGCAACCUGGAGGAUGCCUUAAUUCGUCUGGAAGAAGAACAACAGCGGAGCAGCAGUCUAUCUGCGGUGAAUGCCAUGCUAAGGGAGCAGCUGGAGCAGGCCAGUUUGGCCAAUGAGGCACUCAGCCAGGACAUCCGCAGGCUCACUGCUGAUUGGACGAAAGCCCGAGAGGAACUGGAACAAAAGGAAUCCGACUGGAGGAGAGAGGAAGAGUCUUUCCAUAGUUACUUUAGCAGCGAGCACAGCCGCCUGCUGACAUUGUGGCGCCAAGUGAUCGGAUUUCGAAGGCACAUCUGUGACCUGAAGAGUGCCACUGAAAGAGACUUGUCCGACAUGCGCCACGAGCUAGCUCAGGCGUCGCACUCCGCUCAGUUGUCCUGCACGGAUCUGUCUGCCACAUUGAACGCCAGAGAGGGAGGAACCGCGCUGGCCUUGGAACGCGAGAAGGCUCUCAGGAUCCAAAUGGAGCUGCAACUGAGGGAACGAGUGUCUGAGAUGAUGAACCUUCAAGCCAGGACGGAUGCAGAGAGAAGCGAGGUCAACCUCAGAUUGUCGGACUCCGUGCGCGAGGGGGAAAGACUUAAGGGCAAAAUUGAGGAGAAGGAGAGAGAGCUCGUCCUUCUGUCCAGGAGGCUUGAAGAGCAGAGCAGCAAUGACGGGAGUGACAUGCAGCUGAUGAGAGCUCACACUGAGACUCUAUUGGACACACUGCGUGACAUCGCUCAAACGGUGUUGACAGACGCAGAGUCAUCAGAAGCAGAUCAAGACAACUCUGUGGCCCCGCUGGUGGCCUUUAUCCACAGCUCCUCCCCUGCCGCUUCUUUUCGCAGGUCAUCUUCUCCAUCAAGGCUGACAACGCUUUCUGCUCCCUCGGAGGCGACUCUGUCGGCGCUACGCUCGGCGGUCACGCACAAGACGCUCCAGCUGCAGGAUGCCCGAGGGCGUUUGCUGUCUGCCCAGUCCUCCAUACAGCAAUUACGAAAGCAGCUCGCUGAGUCCGAUUCAGCCCGACGAGAAGCUGAUCAACGACAUCAAACGCUUCAAAGAGAGCGAGACGCUGCUCAGCGAGACAAAGACACCACGCAGCGAGAAAAGGAUCGCCUCAGGCAGGAGAGAGACACGCUGGCCAGUGAGAAAAUGAGCUUGGAGAAGAGCAUGACGGCAGCUCAGAGCAACAAUCAGACUCUGCAGAUGGACUGUGAGAAGCUGCAGCUGCUUCUGACAUCCACUCAGCGGGAGAAAGACCACCAGAGGGAGGAAAAGGAGGCUGCCUUCUUGGAGAGGGACCGGGCCAAAGCUGAGGUUCAGAGGAUUCAGAAGCAAUGGGACCAGAGCGAAAGCCGAGCGUCUGCCCAGCGUGGUGAGCUUUCUGCAGUGAGGGAGACUCACCAGCAGGCGGAAGUUACCAAGCAGUUGCUGGAGAGGGAACGAGCCCAACUUUCUGAAUCACUCGCUCGGGCUGAGAGCAGCAAUGCAGAAUUCUCUCUGUUGAUCAAUAAGCUUCAGUCUGAGGAUGGAGCGCUCAGGGACUCUUUGGCCAAAAUGGCCAGCAUGAAUGAAGCGCUGUCUCAAGAUAAAACCGAUCUCAAUACCUACAUACUUCAGCUGGAGAGCGAGAAGGCCCUGCUGCAGACUCAGAAACGUGAAGCCGAGCAGGAGAAGCUAACUAUCAGAGAUGAGCUGGUCCGGUUGGAGCAGGACCGGAUGGAGCUGGACUCCUCCCGCAUCACUCUGCGUCAGUCCCUGCAGGAUACUGAGAUGACCCGUGUGGGGAUGGAGGCGGAGCUCCAGAGCCUCAGGAGUGAGAGACUUAAGCUCCAAGAGAAAGUCACACAGCUUUGCAAUGAGGUGACCUCCUUAGGUUCUGAAUUAAGCCUCGCCAGAGGAGAAGGCCAGAGGAACGAAGCAGCCUUGGAGGAAGCCGGGCGCAGUCGAGUGGAACUAGCCCGAGACAAAGCAUCUCUCCUCGUCCAGCUGACGGCGUCUGAGAGAGAAAACAGCGCGCUGUCUGAAGAACUGUCCUCUUACAGGUCGGAGCGGGAGUCUCUGGAGAGCAGCUUGUUUGAAGCGCAACAUCAGCUUGCUCAGAUGGAGUCCCGCAGGGAGCAGCUGGAAACAGACAACCAGAACCUUCGAAUGCGCGCUGACACGGCAACAGUUGAGCUGCGGCGUGCUCGUUCGGAGGCAGAGAACGUCCUGGCUCAAGCUGAGCGCGACAAACAAGUUCUGACUCAGACACUGAACGCAGCACAUCUGGAGGCUCAGCAAGCUUUGCGCAAGGCCACCUGCGAACAUCAAGAGGAGGUGGAGAAACUUGUCGCCGAAAAGGAAGCCAUUCGGAACAGCCUGACGGUGGCCCAUGACGGCGCUCUGAGGAAGCUGAGGCAAGAGGUGGAGGAAGAACUUCGGAAAUCACAGAGAGAGAAGGAAGAGCUGCAGAAUGAUCUGAGGAGUUUCCUGCAUGAUCGAGAUCAGAGUCUGCUGCAGGCGGAAACGGAGAAACAGCAGGCUCUGUCGCUAAAGGAAUCUGAGAAAGCAGCGCUGUGUGAAAGAGUAUCCAGUCUACAAGCCGAGUUGUCAGCUUUAACUCUCGAGGCCGAGCGCAAAACCAGAGAAGCGGCUCUUUGCAAAGAGCAGGAACAGGUCAGAGUCAGCACUCUAACAAGCGAGUUGCAGGAGCUUCGGUCUCAGCUGGAGGAUGCGUCGGCUCUCCAUGAAAAGGAUCUUCAAAGUCUGCGAGAGACUCUUCACGACUUUCAGUCACGUGCCGAUGGUGCUGUCAAAGAGCUCGACAAGUGCAAAGCUUCUCUGGCCGUCAGCGAGGAGAGUCGGGACGAGCUCAGACGAGAGACGCUGGAGGCCGAGCGGCGUCUCAACCAAGCGCUGGACGAGGCGGAAAACUACAGAAGGGAAGGCACGGAACUGCGUCGCAACCUGAGCGACGUCUCCAAGGAGAAAGAAACCCUCAGCCAGUCCAACUGCCAACUAAGAGAAACGCUGCGGGGGGCAGAGACGGAAAGAAUCAGUGUGAAGCGACAGUGCGAGGAGAAGGAACAAAGACUGCUGGUGCUGCAGGAGAAUUUCUCAUCCUCUCAGAAGGAGGUGACGGAGCUUCGCAGCUGUCUCAGGGAAGUUGAGAGGUCACGGCUGGAGGCGCGACGGGAGCUGCAGGAGCUGCGCAGACAACUGAAAAUCCUGGAUGGAGAGAAAGAUCAGAAAGACAGGGAAGUGGCCGAGCUUCAGACCCGCUUGUCCUUGGAGGAGCAGCGUGAGGAAGAGCGAGCGAAAGACGUUUUUACACUCAAGCACAAGUUGACUGAAGCUGAAGCUGUUCAAGACUCCCUGAGGAGAGAGCUCACCCUGUUUCAGAAGCGGCUGGCCGAGUCCGAGUCCGGCUGGCGGCUUUCCGAAAGAGAAUUGACCGCUCAGCUCCAGGAGGCCCGAGGCUGCGAGAAGAAGCUUCAGGACGAAGCCAAGAACCUGACGUUGCGCGCACAAUCGGCCCAAGACUCUGCCGGCACGUACAGCCUGCAGCUGAGUGAAGCCCAGGGCCGCCUGGCCGCCACGGAGGCGGAGCUAAUGCGGGCCGAGGCCUCCAGGAGGGACCUGGAGUUUCGUCUGAACGGCCUCCAGUCGGCGCUGACCAGAACGCUGGGCAUUGGCGCCGGAGGAAGAGGGGUCAGAGGGAGGAGCCCUGGAAGCAGCUCUGCAUCACCCAGCCCCAUGUCACGCCAUCACAGCAUCUCACCGUUGCGCUCCUCUCUAUCGCCCCCCAAAGAAUUUAAGACAAGCACCCCUGACAAUACUCUGGGCUCCGGGGCUGGUUCUCCUGAAAGGGGUGCCACACCUCUUCCACUCUCCCAGUCAGAGUUGGACCCUGACAGUCUACGAAGUGGUCUGAAGGAAUUCCUCUUGGAACUCCGUGAAGCACACAAAGAGCGGGAUGACGCUCUGUGUCAGUUGGGCGCCAUUCAGCGAGAGGCGGAUGAGUUGAGGGCCGAUCGAGAUUUGGCUCAGAGUCGUCUCGCUCAUCUACAAAAAAACUUGCAAGACUCCCAAGAAGGCAAGCGAGGCGUGGACGAGCGUCUGACGCACGCCCAGCUUCAGCUCCAUCAGCAGGAGGAGGCGGUGAGGAGAGGCGAUAGAGAGAGAAGGAUGCUCGCCGACCGGGUGAAGGAGCUGGAGCGUGUGCUGCAGGCCUGUGAGGCGGAGAAGAAGCACACACAGGAACAACUGGAUAAGCAGCGAGCGACCGAGGUGCGUCUGGAGGCUGAGCGGAGGCGCCUGCGGGAGGCGCUGGAGGCGUCCGAAGCGCGGGCCACCCGGGUGGAAGUGGGAAGGCGGAGUCUGGAGGGCGAGCUGCAGAGACUCAGACUGAGCCUCGGAGACCGGGAGGCCGAGAGCCAGGCCUCCCAUGAUCGCCGUGACGCUCUGCUCAAGCAGAUAGCAGAUGGAGAAGGCCGAGUGUCCGCGCUUCAGACGGAAGUGGAGCGACUGAGUCAGGCUCUGCUCAAAACCGAGGAAAACGAAGCUCUGCUGCGGGAGAAGAACGCCUCCCUCAACCAGAGUCUUCAGGAAUUGGUGGCUGCUCACGGCAGCGCUCAAAGCCGCCUGACUUCUCUUCAGAAGGCUUUAAGUAUGACAGAGCAGGAGAAACAGCACCUCCAGGAGCGAAUCGAUGAAUCCCGGUCGUCCUUAAGCGAAGCCAGGCGGAACAUGACCUCCCUCAACGAGCGCAUGCACAGCCUGCAAAGUGAGCUGCACCAGAACCAGCUACAACGAGAGCAAGUGGAGGCCGAGUUCAUCAAAACCCAGGAGUCUUUACGUCAGCGAUCGGCCAGUCUCGCUGAGGCUCAGCGCGGCGCCCAAGCGGCACAGAUGGAGCGAGCCACGGUGGAGGAGCGCCUACGCGCUCUGCAAAAGGCCGUGGCCAUGCUGGAAACGGAAAAAAAGGAUGCCGAGAGGCAGGCUGUGAGAUUGGAGAAGGAUAGAAAUGCCCUGAGGAAUACGCUUGAUAAGGUGGAACGUCAGAAGUUGAAAAGCGAAGAGGGCACCAUGCGGCUUUCGGCCGAGAGAAACCGCUUGGAUCGCUCCCUGAACACGGCAGAACAGGAGCUGCAGGAAGCCCAGCAGCAGAUCCUCAUUCUGCAGACACAGAUGGCUGACAUGGAGCAUUCCCAGAGCGUGUGUGAGAGUUUGGUCAGGCAGCGUGAUGAGACCCAGCAGGAGGCCGAAAGACUCAGGGCCAGUUUCAGGGACCUGGAGAGGACUCUGGGAUCCCGGGAACGCACGCAUCGACACCGGGUUAAAGGUCUCGAGGAGCAGGUGUCGACCUUGAAGGAGCAGUUACUACAGGAGAUGAAACGGCGACAGCCUUCACUUCCGUCCUCAUUUCUUUCAACGACCACCUGAGAGAGCAGUAGCAGCGGCCCGAUCCGGUCACCAUCAGGGAAAAAAACGUCUUCACCGGUGACCCAAGGCAAAAAUGUGCACUCACAUGCCACAAUAUUAGGUACAUUUGGUGUACCUAAUGGAGUGGGCGCUAAGUGAAUUACAGCCUACCUGCCAUUUGAAUGAAGUAUAAGCUAUUUAUCUUUCACAUUCCCAUGAAUAGAAGGAAGAGCUGCAAUACCAUUAUUUUAGUACUAACAAUAAAAAGUCAUGUGCUUUGGAUGACUAUAAAAUCCUAUUUUUUUUUAAUUAUGAUUAAUUCAAUGGUAUUGGCUCACUGUGUAAAUUCUGCAAGGCUUUCCCAAAUUUACAGAUUAAAGCCAGAUGGUUCCUCUCCGUGACAUAAUUUUAGAAAUAUACAUCCUAUGUUGUCAAAAGGAAAUCUUGCUAACAAAAAAAUGGGAACUUUUUGGGUCCCAACAUUAAGUUUGGGGAACUCUGUGAUGAUUAACACUGACACAUGUACAGUAUAUAUGUAACAUUGAAUAAACACUCAGUCACAAGCCAAAAAUCAAAACAAAAAAUAUCUUUUAUUAUCUUUUAAUCGUGAUUUUCAAAGCAGCAGUAUAGCGCUUUGGGAGAAGUUUUCUCAAAGCAUUUUUUGCACACUUGCUGCAAAAAGCUGAGGUCAUCUUCUUGGCUGAUGUCAGUGACUGCUUUGAGUGAAUGACUUCUUUUUUUUCUUUUAAGUACAGUAUAAGAAAACAACAAGCGAUUAAUACGGCCGGUACAGUAUGCCAAAAAAAAGAGAUCUCCGCAGCUGGUCGCAUCUCUAAUACAGCACCAGUGUGAUGAGUUUAUAGCACCAGUGAUUUGUACAAUCAUCAAACAUUCUUUGGAGUAUAUUGAUCCCAUACAAACAGUUGUACAUGUGAGAGAAGGGGCGGGGCUAAAGAUGGUGCGUGACAAAUGGUAUGAGACAUUAUAGCAGUGAUUCCCAAAUACAAGCUCGUACGGAAGAAAUAUU